AUGUCCUCCUCCACCACAACCACCACCCCCGCCGCACACCCCACACCACCACCGCUCCUGCCGCCGUUACUGUGCCCCACGCAGCUCGAAUCCACCAUAACCUCCAUCCUCAGAAGCUCCGCCGCCGCCACCUCCUCCUCUCUGCACGCGGCCGUGUCCCCGUACCUCCCCCACCUAUCUCCGCCGGUCGUCCACUCCGUCCUCUCCUCCCCCGCUCUUCGCCGUCGACCCUCCGCCCUCCUCGCCUUCCUCAGCCUGGCGCGCUCCCACUCCGCCGCCGCCAAACCCCUCUCCCUUCUACCACUCCCUCCCCUAAUCUCCCUCCUCAACUCACUCAUCUCCUUCCACAAAUUCAACGACGCCAAAACCCUACUCCAUUCCCAAAUCAUCUCCGAGCACCCCCACCACCACCUCCACCGCCACCUCCUCCACCCCGCUCCGCCUCUCCCGCCGCCGACCAAAUCCCUUCUCGACACGUGCAUAUUCGCCUACUGCCGCGCCGGCUGGCCCCACCUCGCCGUCCAGAUCUUCAAAAAGAUGAAGCGCCUCAAACUUCCCCCAAAUCUCUUAACUCUCAACACCUUACUGAGCUCCCUGGUGAAAAACAACACGUCGUCUCAAACGACCAAACUCUGCAACGAGCUGUUUAAAGACGCCGUCAACCUCGGCUUGACCCCAAGCGUGGUCACCUUCAACAUCCUCAUCCAUAGGUACUGUUUGGAGCACAAAUUCAAGGAUGCUGUGGAUUUAUUGAGGAAGAUGGAGCUCGAUUUCAGGUGCAAACCGGAUAACGCGAGCUACAACACGAUUCUCGAUGCCCUGCGUAAAAAGGGCCGGCUGAACGAAAUCCGUGACCUUCUGCUCGACAUGAAAGGUAAGGGACUUUUCCCUAACAGGAACACUUACAAUAUCUUGCUCGAUGGGUACUGCCGAGUAGGUUUGCUCUAUGAUGCAGCUAAAGUCAUGGAGCUUAUGGCUCGGGACAAUGUUUUGCCAGACGUGUGGACUUUUAACACGCUGAUAAACGGUCUGUGUGGGGCCGGGAGGCUCGACGAGGCAUUCAAGGCAAAGGACAAGAUGGAAAGUUUGAAGCUUUCUCCCGAUUUGAUCACGUAUAACACUUUGAUCAACGGGUGUUUUGAGGCGAAAAAAAGUUGGGAUGCUUUUCAGUUGGCUGAUGAGAUGAGUGAAAAAGGAGUCAAGCCGAAUGCGGUUACUCAUAACAUCAUGAUCAAAUGGUACUGUAAAGAAGGGAAGAUGGAGAAGGCGUGUGAGACGGUUAGGCAGAUGGAGGAAAAUGGCUUUUCGCCAGAUUGUGUAACAUACAAUACUCUGAUUAGCGGCUUUUAUAAGAUAGGCGAUUUCAAGGAGGCUUUUAGGGUGAUGAAUGAGAUGAGCAGGAAAGGAUUGAAAAUGGAUACUGUCACACUCAACACGGCCCUACACAGUCUCUGCCAGGAGAAAAAACUCGAGGAUGCGUACGAUUUACUCAACGCAGCAAUCAAGAGAGGCUACAUUGUGGAUGAAGUUAGUUACGGCACUCUCAUCGUGGGUUUUUUCAAAGAGGAAAAAAAUCCCGAGCGCGCGUUACAAGUAUGGGACGAAAUGAAGUCGAGAGGCGUUGUCCCGAGCAUAAUCACUUACAAUUCUGUGGUCGGUGGUCUCUGCAAGCUCGGAAAAAUGGAUUCAGCUAUAGAUAGGCUCAACGAGCUUUUGGAGAACAAGCUACUCCCAGACGAGACCACGUACAACACAAUCAUACACGGAUACUGCUUGGAGGGAAAUGUCGAGAAAGCUUUUGAAUUUCAUAACAAAAUGGUCGAGGAGAUGUUCAAACCCGACAUCUACACGUGCAACAUUCUUCUUAAGGGUCUCUGCAAAGAGGGCAUGCUCGAAAAAGCCGUUAAUCUCUUUGAAACAUGGGUUUUAAAAGGAAAAGAGCUCGAUACUGUCUCGUACAACACGUUGAUAGCUGCACUGUGUAAGGAAGGGAGGCUCGAUGAGGCCGUCGAUCGAGUUGCUGAGAUGGAGGGAAAGAAAAUCGGGCCUGAUGGAUAUACGUUUAACGCCAUUGCGGGCCCACUUAGGGAGGCCGGGAGAAGUAAGGAAGCUGAAGAGCUUCUGUCGAGAAUGUCUGAGGGUAAAAAUGAGAUUCCGUUUUUGAAGCCAAAAAACGAUAGGCAACGAGAUGGAGUUGUUGGUGAGUUGGAUUGCUCGGAAAAGAUUAACGAGCUUUGUGCCGAGGGGAGGUACAAGGAUGCAAUGCAUAUCUUUAAGGAGGCGACUCAGAAGGGUGUGGGUGUGAAUAAAUCAGUUUAUAUUACAUUAAUUAAUGGGCUGAUCAAGAGGAGGAAAACUUCUUCAAGGUCGGUUAGUUGUGGAUUCGGUUCGACUGAUGGGCAUGCUUUGUUUCUGAGCUCGGUUAUAGCAGGCAACAGUAUUAUGGGACGGGCUAAAGGCUCGCGUGUGAAAUAUGGGCUGGAGCAAUUUUGGGCUUCUACGAAAUAUGGGCCAUCUGAACCAGACCAUAUGCUUUGUUCUUAUUGGGUCAGUCCACUCGGUAAGGCUCAAUUGUAAUAUCGUGUACUUGUUGUAGUGUUGUGAACCUGAUUUGAUGAUGAAAAAAUUAUAAUUCUACGGGUUCACGGAAAGAAGAAAUGUGUAGUGUUUGUAGGAUUUUUCACUAUUUGCAGUAUUUUUUGCUCAAUGUCAAUUGUAGCUUUUUGCAGUAUAUUUUAUGGCACAAAUUCUUCUUAUAGCCUACCUAAUAGUUAGUAAGUCGUACUUUUGUACCAAAAAUGCACAUUUAUAAUAUGAU